GCUACCUAUCAUUCACAUCUCCCCUCACUUUCUCCUUUACCAUAAUCAUUUCUAUACUGUAAAAAAAAAAAAAAAAAAUUAGGAGGAGAGUAGAAUAUUCAUUCCAAAGAUGGAGGAUUCAAGACAGAAAAUGGCUGGAAGUACUCCUCUACAGAAAGGGUCACAAGAAUUUGAAGAUGAGAAUGGAAGCAGUAGCAUGCGAACGGCUGAGACUGUGCUACGUUUGCUACCCAUGGGGCUUUGUGUUGUGGCUCUUGUUAUUAUGCUCAAGAAUUCCCAAACUAAUGACUUUGGUUCCCUUUCCUACUCUGACCUUGGAACCUUCAGGUACUUGGUCCAUGCAAAUGGCAUUUGUGCAGGUUAUUCUCUUCUAUCAGCAAUAGUCGCAGCUGUUCCUCGUCCCAUUACCAUGUCUAGAGCCUGGACUUUCUUCCUCCUUGAUCAGAUACUGACAUACAUAAUACUGGCUGCCGGAGCUGCGUCAACAGAGGUGGUGUAUCUGGCCUAUAAAGGGGACACAGCGGUUACAUGGAGUGAGUCAUGUGGCUCAUUUGGAGGUUUUUGCCAUAAAGCCACAGCAUCUGUAUCUGUUACUUUCAUAGUAAGCCUUUGCUAUGCAAUGCUUUCGCUGCUUUCAUCUUACCGACUUUUCAGCAAAUAUGAUGCACCAGUUGAGUUGUAUAAUAACAAGGGGGGUAUUGAGGUUGCGGCGUAUUGAGAGUACCAUAUCGAUCCAUGAUCAAAGACAUCUGCAUUUCCCUCUUUGUUUAGGCUAAGUGGUGCACAAGUUUUUACUUCCACCAUCUCAUGUACACAGCAGAUGUCAAUAAAAAAUGGCAUUUAGGUGCAAUAGAGGAUGUUGUUUUAGCUGGUAGAACUGUGGUAUUCACAUCAUUCUCUAGCCCCAUGUGUUCAGUUGUUUUAACUCAUUUAUACGUUCAUGCUCUUGUGAUUGUA